CUCCGCGACAAAAGUAAAAUAUUAUAUAAACUGAAUAAUUUUAAUUCUUUUAAAAGUAAAAAUAAAAAUUUCCCUUCUAGGGAAUCAAUCAAUUACAUGAGAUGCAAUACGAUUGUUAGAAAUAAUGGAAAGCUAUAUACUCUUUUUUUUCUGUGCAUGACAUUUUGAAUAUUUAAUGAUAUCAAAUUAUAUAUUGCACUGAAUUUCUCCUUACUUAACUUUUUUUAAGAUAUAAAUAGAAAAUAAAAAUUGAUAUCGUAUGGUUUACUUCUAUACUUCAUCAUUACGAAAAAAAAGAGUUAAAUUAUUGUUUUGUUACAUUUUAUGAGACUGAUAUAUUUUAUUAUGCAAAUUGGAAAACGAAUAAAAGAAGAAAAUUUUCUUUAGGAAAAUCAAUUCGAAAUAAUAUAGUAUAGGAUUCAUAUGCAAAAAAAAAAAUACUUUUAUGAAAGAUCUUUUACAUUUUUAAUAAGUGAAUCAAUUAAUUUAAGUAUAUAAGCUGUAUUAUUUAUAUUGACUACGAUAAAUGGUUAUAGAAUUAUUUAUUAUCAUCUUUGUAAGAUGGGAGGUUACAGAAAAUAAUUUUAAAAAGUUCCCAGCAGUUGUAGAAAAAGAUUCAUUCAAACAACAUAGUCCGAAUUUAGAAAGUAUUUGUAAAAUCAUUUACUAGGAUUAUAAGAAUGUUUAAAUCAAAAAAACACAAUAUUUACACAGGACAAAUUUCAUUGAAAUUGUUUCAAAUAUGUGGUUUAUGGAAACCACUUAAUUGUAAUUCGCAAUGGAAAUUGAAUAUUUAUUAUUUAUAUUCAAUUUUUACAAUAACUUUAUAUAUUUCAUUAACAUUCUUACUUUUUGUAUACAUGUUUCAAAUUCAUGAAGAUGUGAAAGAUUUUACACAAAGUGUAUUUUACUUUUCCACUUAUUUUAAUGUUUUGAUUAAAUUGUCAAUGGUUGUUAUUAGACGAGAUAUAUUUAUCAAAUCAAAUAAAAUGCUUUUGUCUGAUAUGUGUCAAUCCCGCGAUAAUCAUGAGGUUGAAAUUAUUAAAAAAUGCUCCGACAUUGGCAGAGCGAAUACUAUACGGUUCUUAAUUUUUGUGCAUAUUACUCCAAUAACAAUGUUAUUGGUACCAUUAUUGUCAAAUAAAAGAAGAGCACUUCCGCAUGAGCUUUGGUUACCUUUUUCUGUUGAAGCUGAAUCUGUAUAUAUUUUAACAUAUUUAUAUCAAACAAUUUGUCUUAUAAUGAUAUUGUACAUAUCAGUUGGAAUGGAAGGUUUAGCAUUGACAGUAAUGCUACAUAUUUGUGGUCAACUUGAAAUAAUAAAAUAUCGAUUAAGUUUGCUUCCUGAAUUGGUAAAAAAUAAUAAAUUUAAUCCAAUUAAAUUCAGUUACGAAGAAGAAAUUAUCAAAUGUUGCAUUAAGAGUCAUCUUUAUAUUUAUUCAAUAGGAGAAAAUGUGAACAAACAAUUUGGACUUAUAAUAUUUACGCAAUUUUUUGCAUCUAUCGUUAAUAUGUGUGCCAUUAUUUAUAAUAUGGCAAGUGUAAGUCCGACUAAUCGUAUGUUUUGGAUAAUGAUGGCCUCUAUUGGCAGUUAUGUCUUACAAAUUUUUAUCUACUGUUAUUAUGGGGAUAAAAUGACAGAAAAGAGCUCAGAAAUUAGUUCUGCUAUUUAUUCCUUAAACUGGGAUGCAUUAUCAGUUAAUACUCAGAAAAGUUUAAUUACUAUUAUGAUACGAAGUACAAGACCUAUUAAAUUGACUGCUUCAUCAAUCAUCAUCAUGUCAAUUGAAACGUUUAUGAAAGUCAGUAUAAUUUUUCUUUUUUAUUUAUUAUUGGAUAUCUGGAUAGCACAAAAGCUUGAGACAAGCUUGGAAUCCAGUCAUGGUAAUCUUGUCGCAAGCUUUUUUACUACCUGGAUAGUUAGCAUAUCCCAGUAAGAAGCGAGAAAUAUUUUUAUAUUUUCAUUUUCCCAAAAACCUGUUUUACCAUCAGUUGAUAAGGUAGAUUUCUACGUCGGUAAUUUUUAUAUCAACAUUUUCUUAAAAAAUAUUUGCCAUCAGUCGGUAAGGUAGAUUCCUAUGUCGGUAAUGUUUAUAUUUUCACUGUUCAAAAUUUUUUCAACAAUCUAUAUUCAAUUUUAAAGAUACUUAAAAUGAGUUUUCAUUUUGGAAUUCUAAAAAAUUGAACAGUUUGUUAAGUAUUAAUAAUUUUUAAAAAAUUCAAUUUUUUGCUUUUUACUGGUAUUAUACAUUACUUGAAAGUUAUAUUUCUCCAAAACCAAUAUUAUAUAUAUAUUUCAGAUUAUGAGAUCAGCUUACACUGCUUAUAACGUUCUAAAAUAAAUAUAUAAACCCAAUGUAGUAAAUAAAAUUGACUUAUUAGAAAAAUAUCUAAUUAUGACAUAUUUGUAAUUCCAAUUACCCAAAUAACAAUUUAAAAAGAGUAAGCUUUAUAAGAAUUACAAUUUAAUUUUUUCAAAGACACCUCAUCCGUUAUUCUAAGUAUGUUUGAGUUUUCACCAAUUUUGAUUGACUUUAUUAUGGAAAAUUUCCAAGAGAGCCAAUCAAAA